AUGGCUCAAGCACUGAGUGGUCUCUACAAAUCCGCCAUCCCUUUGGCACUCGCAGCCACAUUCAUCCAGUCCUCGAUUUACGAUGUCCAGGGAGGCACACGAGCCGUCAUCUUCGAUCGAUACUCUGGAGUGAAGGAUACGGUUGUGAACGAAGGCACGCAUUUCCUGAUUCCCUGGCUGCAGAAGAGCAUUAUCUACGAUGUCCGGACGAAGCCAAGAAAUAUCUCGACGACUACCGGAAGUAAGGAUUUGCAGAUGGUCAGCUUGACUCUGAGGGUUCUCCACAGACCCGAGGUUCAACAGCUACCCAAGAUCUACCAGAGUCUCGGCCAAGAUUACGAUGAGCGUGUCCUCCCUUCCAUCGGAAACGAAGUCCUCAAAGCUAUCGUCGCCCAGUUCGACGCCGCCGAGCUGAUCACACAACGUGAAGCUGUCAGCAACAGAAUCCGUACCGACUUGCUCAAGCGAGCCAAGGAGUUCAACAUCGCUCUGGAGGAUGUUUCCAUUACACACAUGACGUUCGGAAAGGAGUUCACGCGUGCGGUCGAGCAGAAGCAGAUUGCGCAACAGGAUGCUGAGAGAGCUAGAUUUAUCGUAGAGAAGGCGGAGCAAGAAAGACAGGCAAACGUUAUUCGUGCUGAGGGAGAAGCCGAGUCUGCGGAUACGAUUAGCAAGGCUGUGGCCAAGGCUGGUGAUGGCCUGAUCAUGAUCAGAAGAAUCGAGGCCAGUAAGGAGAUUGCACAGACGCUGGCCAGCAAUCCCAAUGUUACUUAUCUCCCCGGUGGUGGAGACGGCAAGGAGGGAGGUGGAAAGUUCCUGCUUGGUUUGAGCAGGUGA